AUGUCUAUCGCGGCACUGGUUUUCUAUUUGGUCCUGGAUCUUUAUGGUGGUAUUCACGCUAUCCGUUGCGCAUCCUCGUUCACUGCAGUAGUUGGCGCUGGACUAAUGCCCAAAUUGUGCGACAACGAGGUGGACCAUUGCCUUAUUACACUCAUCCGUGACUCCGGAAUCGGUAACUUAGAGCGGCGCACUUAUGAUUGUUGGCCAUGGCAAGAACUGAAAAUGUACUGCCCGUCUUCAUUUGGGGUCUGCCAAAUGCUACAUUCUACUGGAGAUGGUUUAUACUCAUGUUGCUGCUACGGCGAUCUUUGCAACAACCGGACUUUACAAUACCUGCCCAUUACGAAUGUCAAGAAGUCAAGGAUGACAAACGGUGCUUGGCUUGGGCAAUUCGGGAUUCGGGACGUGAGCGAUGCAGUCUUAAACGGAACAGCAGUUGAUGAAUUCAUUGCCUCCAGCAUGGUAUUGUCUUAUCUAGCACACAUCGUUCUUCCCUGCCUCGCUGCUUUGUUGAGUGUUUUCACCGUCGGAUUGAGCAUUUGUUACUGCACCUCGACUGGAGUUUUCCGACGCAAAUUUAUUCCAGCAGCUUUCAUGAUCAAGCCCAGCUCACGUGAUAGAUCUUCCAAAUGUAAUUGGCUAUGCUCAAAUCACGUCUUCAAAUUACCAAGCCCCCCUGCCAAGAAACACAUGAAAAUCCCGCCAAUUCUCUCGAAUAUUGGUCAUGGCAACCACUCUGAAUCGGUCCGGAAUGAGAUCGUUGAUACACAAAACGAUCAUACAGCGUACUACGACACCGCACAAGAAUCAACGAGGACAAACUCGACUGGCAUUUCAGCAGGAUCAUCAAUAAAAUCGUUCGCUUCUGCUUCCCCCUUUCUCCUUCAUAUGACGUGUCGACUAGAAAGACAGCUGUGUAUUGGCCGACACGCUGAAAUAUGGUUGGCACGUUUAUCUGGCGAAUCGCCCACACAUCCUGUUUUCGAUCUUUCCUUUCAACUGAAUGGUAUCUCCUCAGAUGAUGAUACUGCAUCUGCUUCAACUCAUUCUGCGAAGGCACACUCGUCAACUGAACUAGUUCACAACACAACGCAAACUUUUCGUUUCUCAUCAACAAGAUUUCCACAGCGUCUGCCCUACAAACGCGUUGAGCGCUUUUUCGUUCCCAAACCUAACGAACUUUUGAGCGGCAACUGCGAAACAUUGGCCCAAACGAACGUACAUAUUGUCCACUCCGAUUUCUUCCGUAUGUCUGAUAUGGAUCAUCCAAAACUUGGCCCUUUUCUGUCCGAUCGCUCAACCGCUGUAGCCGUUAAGAUAUUCGAGUCCGACGAAUACCGCGCUUGGUCCACUGAAUUAGACGUGUUUAAGGCUCUACAGAUGUCCUCUUCAACUGAGCUGCCUGAAGGAGACAAAAACCGCGGACACUACAUACAUCCCAAUGUGGUCAAACUGAUAGCUGCAGGAACGGUCUCUUCCUCGCCAUUGCCACAACAUUUGUUACUUUUGGAGUUCGCAGAAGGCGGAUCCCUGCGUAGUCUAUUGUCUGAUGGUCGAUGGAUUUCACCGGCGAGGUGCAUUGGCUUAGUUCAAGACGUUGUCCGCGGAUUGGCAUAUCUUCAUACCGAUUUAACCGGGAGGUGUUCCGGUAACGGAAUGUUUCCGGCUAAACCUUCAGUCGCACAUCGUGAUCUGAAACCAGAGAAUAUUCUACUACGAGCUGACGGCACCGCCUGUCUAUCUGACUUUGGGCAAGCUGUACCUCUCGGUUACCGCGCACUCGAUACCACACCUCGUUCUUGUGACUCCGGGCUUAUCUCCAACUACACGGACAACGUGGCUACCAGGCCUUCUAUAUUGGAAGCUUUGCCAAAGGCUGGUACUCUUCGUUACAUGGCCCCGGAACUACUCGAUGGCGCUAUCAAUUUUACUGACGUAGCGUUGCUUCGUACGGAUAUCUAUUCUCUUGGUCUUAUCCUAUGGGAGUUACUGUGUGCCAUCCACCCGAAUGAUCUGAUCUCGCUUCACUGUUUGGCAGACGGUUCACUUAUCGCUGAGAGUUUGGUCGACCACACUAAUCUUGACAAUUGUUCCUGCACGGCCGAAGCCAUUGAUUCGGAGGCCGCAGGCUCUGGACACCUCAAAUCGACAUCUGUUAAUAAGCCUAGAAAGCACUGGCUACCAUACGAGGAGGAGUUGGGUGAGGACUGCAGCUGCCCUGAGACCCUCCGCCGUUGGGUAUCCGUCGAAAAACGACGUCCGAUGAUACAUCCCACUUGGUGCAUGUUCCAGCCCAUAGUUCAGCUCUGUCGCACUAUCACCGAAUGUUGGGACCCCGAUCCUGAGUGCCGAUUGACUUCGGGCUGCGUCCUGGAACGCCUGAAUACAUUGUGUCCUGAUUUGGGGAAACCACGGAAUCACCGCAACCGUCUGUCCUAGUCGUCCACACGGUGGGCUCCAAUAUCAAUUGUUCAGGAAGUCAUUCCGAAAGCGCCCUUACCACUUUUCUAGUAUAUCCUCUUCUUCCUUCUGUUCAUACAAUCUGGUCUUCUUUUCCAGCCCCUCGGGGUCAAACGGACGAUUUUUGAUUCUUCAGAGAUGUAUACACUCAAAAUAUUCCCCCACAUACAUUCUAUUCUCGAUUAAUAUUCUCCGCUGGUGGUUCGCCUCUCAAAUUCGGGUUGCUUGUUCAUUCUCUUUUCCUACCAGCAUCCACAUAAUUCAUAUCAUAUCCCACCUGUUUGCAAUUACCGGUUGCUACCGUAAUUUUUCUAUUUUCUUGCAUUUCACUCGUAUCAUUUCCGGCCACUUGCGCCCCUCCGGACACUAUAGGCCUUUUUUCUAUUUGUGGACAAGCCUGUGAGUCCCCUCCAAGCGCCAUUUGUCUACUUCUCUUUCUGUUACCUUAUGACCCGUAAUGCAGCCGUUUGUGCACACCAGACAGAAUUUAUCAAGGUUUCUGUCUCAUACUUACCUUGCGGUUGCUCGUUAUUCGCUCUUUACUGACCUACCUGUUUCAAUUGUUCCGUUUUCAUAAACUUUUUAAUUUUACUACAAAUGAAUUUAGUAAUCUUG